AUGCAUUUCAAUAGGUUUCUCCUGGCCCUGCCUUUGGCAGCUGGCUCGUCCGCGAACUCUUUUCAUGUUCGGGAUGAGGAAGAACCAGUGCGAGAUAUCAAUAUCAACAAGCAGUUCAUAAUUCAGGUCGAGCCGGGAACCAACUUGGAGGGCCUCAAGAAAGAAUUGUCCUCAAAUAACCAGGCCAAGAUCUUGAAGACCUUUGAGUCUGACGUUUUUACUGGAAUCACCAUCGAAUCUGAUGGCUUCAACGUAGAUACCUUGAACAGCAUCGAUGCAGUCAAGCAGAGCUGGCCCGUGUCAAAGGUCGAGCUUCCCCCUUUGGAGGAUCUCGCUGAGUUGGUCCAAGUCAACGAGGCAUCGAAUUAUUCGAUCCACUCCUGGACUGGUGUUGACAAGGCACACCAAGCGGGUAUCCUAGGUAAAGGUGUGAAAGUCGCCAUUGUGGACACAGGCAUUGAGUAUACCCACGACGCUCUUGGCGGCGGCUUUGGCGCCUCAUACAAAGUUUCAGGAGGCUACGACUUAGUUGGUGACGGAAAUUGGCCUACUGGUGCCCUCGCUCCCGACGACGACCCCAUGGACAAGCGAGGUCACGGCACUCACGUUGCGGGUAUAGUAGCCGGGAAAACAGAUUGGUUCACCGGCGUGGCACCCGAGGCGGAACUGCUCGCAUACAAGGUAUUUACCACGGAAAGUAGCACUUAUGAUAAUAUUCUUAUUGAGGCAUUUAUCAUGGCAUACGAAGCUGGCGCCGAUAUUAUCACUUCCAGUGUUGGAGCUGCAGGUGGUUGGUCCAAUGGUCCGUGGGCCACAGUUGCAUCUAACAUUGCCGAAAAAGGUGUCAUUGUGACAAUUGCGGCAGCGAAUUCUGGAUCUUAUGGCCCAUUCUAUGCAAACUCUGGCUCGUCUGGCAAGGAUGUCCUAGCUAUUGCCUCGGCAAAGGCGGGAACGCUCGCCGCCUCACCAUUUGAGCUCAGCUUGACCUUGGAUGGGAAGACGACGACUUCUCAGGUUGGAUACCGCUACAACUACAACCCUUGGACUUUCAAGGGCAUGAAAAUCUAUCCUCUAUAUAACGACACUACGAGAGUCAAUCAGGCGUGUACGACCGAAGACAUCCCAGAGAAUACCCCCGACCUGUCCAACGUCAUUGUGCUGAUUAAACGAGGAAAAUGCGACUAUCUUGAGCAAGAAUUCAACUUAAUAUCACACAAUGUGACUCAAAUUAUGUUCUAUAACAAUGGAAGCAGUCCUGAUGAUCCUAUCUCGUGGCUUACCCGCUCAAAGGCGUUGGUGGAGAAAGAGGUCGGAGAGGCAAUUGUUGAGACAAUCAAAGCUGGCGGAGAAGCAACAGUUGACUUUCAGAAGUAUGCCGACGCCAAAUGGUACAUGGGGAUGUACAACGGUGUUGGAAACCGACCUAGUUACUUCACCUCAUGGGGCGGCUUGUUCGACAUGGAUCUUAAACCAGAUGUCGCUGCUCCUGGCGGAGAGAUUCUCAGUUCCUGGAUUGGAAACACCUGGCGUAUUGCGAGCGGUACAUCCAUGGCCACUCCAUAUGCAGCGGGAGUAGCGGCAUUGUAUUUGAGCAAAUUUGGUGGCCGCGGUACCCAUGGAGCAGGAGUGUCGAAGACGUUCAACAACAGAGUAAUCACUGGAGGCUCUUCAAUGCCCUGGUCAAUUGUUGAUAAGACCUUUCCGGAUGAUACCGGUUUCUGGGCUCCCACCAUCCAAGCAGGAAGUGGACUGUUGAACGCAUGGAAGGUGCUGACUUACACUACCACAUUAGGAUCCUCAAAGUGGCUGCUCAACGACACGGAACACUUCACUGGGACGCACAGUGUAGAAAUCACUAAUAAUGCAGAUACUGAGGUCGAAUAUACAUUCAACUUGCAACCUGCAGCAGGUGUCCAAGCUGCACCUUCAAGCGGUGUUGGAGUGGCGCUGCUUAAUCAGAUCCAACCUGUGGAAAUGGUUCCCAGCGUCAGCAUGCCCUCGGGUACUUUCAAAGUGGGAGCUGGAGAGACGAAGACGGCCGAGUUUAUUUUCGAUUAUCCACGGGGACUAGACGAGAGCAAGCAACCUCUAUACAGUGGCAAAGUCCUGAUCAGUUCCUCAUUGGACGAGCAGCUUUCAGUCCCUUAUUUUGGGGCGGCUUAUAGUUUAAGAGAGGCUUACAAGGAUAUAUUCAUUGCGGGAACUCCUUACAUUCGUUCACCCACCUAUGAUAUUACGCAAAAGUCAAAUUUUACAUUCGAUGUGAGAUUGGAUGGCUCUACCAAGCAAGAUUAUCCGAAAGCUUAUGCCUCCUUUGCGUUUGGAUGCGACGAGCUUCGUUGGGAUAUUUAUGAGUCUGGCUGGAAAGAGUCGAGCUGGACUUAUCCUCCUGUCGUUGGGGAGGGUGGCUACCUCGGUGCUGCAACCUCGUUCCGUGAUGCCGGGAUCAAAACGUAUUUUGAUCCAACGAAGGACGACAAAGAAAACACAGUUCCGUUUCCGAUUCGAGCCACUCCGCGCAACAUCAUAUCAGUUCCAAUCGCCGGCUAUGAUCAGUAUCGAUUUUUCUGGCUAGGGAAGCUGGCAAAUGGUUCAUACAUCAAUCCUGGCAAAUAUGCUAUGAGGUUCGCCGCGCUGAGGCCUUUGGGCGACAGGGCAGCGUCGAGUGACUGGGACAUCUGGGACACACCAGAGAUCACAGUUCUACCACUGUCGGAUUAA